CAGAAUGUUAGUUCCUGCUCUUCCCUGGCCGUUUCCUGUAAUCGUACAGUGUUGUGAGACGGAGAAAGCCAUGUGUGUCGAUGCAAAGUCUAUUUAAAAGUUGAAAAGGAUUGGACAACAACUACUUGGCUUUCAUCCCAGAGUCUUUUCAACAUUGUGCCCAUCUCCCUGUGUGGAGUGGGCAAGAUGGCAGAUCCCAUUAUGGACCUCUUUGAGGACACUCCCCUCUUCAACCUGGAUGCCCUGCCUGAUGACUCCUUCACUCAGGGCUCCUCAGAUCCAGUGGAGGAGGCACUCAAGCUGGCUUUGGGCCAGGUGGAUCCACCAGUUGAGCCGGAGCCCACCCCUGAGCUUACAGUCAACACCGGCCUUGACGUUCCUGUAGCAGCUCCUGCCAUCCCAGACCCUGUUCCUGUUCAAGUUCCCACACAACAGCCGAUGCCAGUGGUGACUGCCCAGACUCUUUCCAUAGCUGCCACUCCUGCUGUUGCCCCAAACCCUGUUCCUACCCCUGUCCCCGCCACUGUUGAAACUGUACCUCAAAUACAAGCCCAGGCUACAAUACCUAUUGUCAGCAACGCCGGUGUGGCCACCAGUAGCACUGUCCUGCUUAGCUCUCCUCUGACUGUUUCCAGUUCCCCGGCUACAACCACCGCCACCACACAGCUAACACAGAUAACUCACCAGCUCACUCCCCAGCAACUGGCUGCUAUCACACAGCAGGCUGGUGGUAAAAUUGUCAUUCUCAAGGGUCCCCAGGGUCAAGCCCAAGUGCUGCAGACUGUGUCAGGGACCACAGGCCAGAACAGUGGAAAGGUCAUCCGUGUGUUGUCUGGCACCCCUCUCAAACCCGGGGUUUCCAUACUGCAAGGUGGAACAGUCUUGAAUCAGACGAGCCCAGGACAAGCUCAAGUCAAAGUGGGCGCGACCGGGGUCCAGAGGCUGCUGCAGUCUCCCAACGGGCCGGUGAAGCAGGUCUUGCUCACUUCCAUGCCUCAGCAGGCGCAAGGGCAGGCGGUCCAGGUCCAGAUUCCAGCCCAAGCACAGAUAGCUCAAGGCCAGCCCCAGGUUCAAGUCCAACCACAGGCCCAAACUGCCCAGAUCCAGGUACAGCAACAAGGCCAAGCGACUCAGAUCCAGGUCCAGCCCCAGGCCCAGACGGCUCAGAUCCAGGUCCAGGGACAGGUGCAACUCCAGCCAGCCAUGCAGGCCCAAACACCGGGUGGCGAAGGGAAGCGCAUCACUCUAGUUCUCCAGCAGCCCGCCCAGGCCGGGUCUGCCACGCCAGCAAGUCAGGCUGUUACAGGCCAGCAGCAGGUCGCGCAGGUCCAGCAGGUCCAGACGGCACAGGGGGGGCAACAGCAGCAGCCCCAGACUCCAACGAGGCUGGUGCUGGGUCAGCUCCCUGGUGGCAAACUGGUGCUUCAGGGCAGCCAGCUAGCAGCCUUAACCCAGGCUCGGGCUGCUGGCCAGGCCGGAGGGCAGCCCAAAGUCCUCACAAUUCAGCUGCAGGUUCAACAGCAGCCCAACCAACAAGGAGGAGUCAAGUAUCAGCUGGUUUCGGGGACCGGCAAUACUGGAAGCCCACAGGUGUUGCAGAUAUCCCAGGGUCAAGGAGGGCAGAGGGUUGCAGUGCCACUCAAAAUGCUCCUGCAGCCACAGACGAGCUCCGCCACGUCUGCUGGUGGCACGGUGUCCGUGGUGAAGGUCAUCAACACUUCAACGGCAGGCCCCUCGACUACAACCACCACCCCAUCUCAGGCCAUCCGCAUCUCCAAGGCCCCGGGCGAGCCCGCGUCCGUGCGACGGGUGGAGAUCCUCUGCAAGCAGGAGAAGGCAAACCGCAUCGUGGCUGAAGCUAUAGCCCGGGCCAAGGCAAGAGGCGAGAAGAACCUGCCCAGAGUCCUAAACCAGGACGAGCUUCCCAAUAGUCAGGCCUCUGCUGAAACGGGCGGUACGCUGACUGUGGUGUCCGCAAAGAAAAAGAGCAGCAGUGGAGGAAGUAAAAAGAAAAGUCCUCUAGGCGGAGGGCCGGUCGCCAAGAUGGCAGGUGGCGCUGACAAAAAGGGUAAAGUGAAAGCUCCGGGAGGAACUGCCACUGUUGGAGGGAUAAUGCCUGGAUCCAGUAACAAGAGUAAAAGUAAAGCAAAGGCCAACACUAUCACUCUAGUGGGAGCAAAGAAGAGAAAGAGAAACGCGUCUUCAGACCACUCUGACGGGGAGCUGAGCCCUGCCUCGCCUGCUGCGCUGGAGGACGACAUGAUCAUGAAGAGGCGCUCCAAUCGUGUGGUGAAGCGGAAGAAGUACACAGAGGACCUGGAUAUCAAGAUAACAGAUGAUGAAGAUGAACAGGAGGAUGUAGAUGUUACUACAACAGCAGCAGCGGUGGCCUCCAUCAGUGGCGGGACAGCAGCCCAGCUCAAACAGGAAAUGGAGCUGGAUGGUGAUGGACUCCCCAGCAUGCAGUUCUUUGUGGAAAAUCCAAGUGAAGAAGAUGCUGCCAUUGUGGACAAAGUGCUGUCCAUGAGAAUUACCAAGAAAGAAGUUUCUCCGGGCCAGUACACCAACGUGGAGGAAUUCUUCGUGAAAUACAAAAACUAUUCGUACUUACACUGUGAGUGGGCCACUUUGGCGCAGCUGGAGAAAGACAAAAGAAUUCAUCAAAAGAUCAAGAGGUUCAAAACCAAGCAUGCUCAAAUGAGACACUUCUUCCAGGAGGAUGAGGAGUCUUUCAACCCAGACUAUGUGGAGGUGGACAGGAUCCUGGAUGUGUCUCACAGCAUAGACAAGGACAAUGGCGAGCCCGUUAUCUACUACUUGGUGAAGUGGUGCUCGCUGCCGUAUGAAGACGCCACCUGGGAGCUGAAGGAAGACGUGGACGAAGGCAAAGUUGAAGAGUUCAGCAAAAUCCAAAACAGACAACCUCGCCUGAAAAGAACGGUACGACCUCCAGCUGCUUCAUGGAAGAAGCUGGAGGAGACCAGAGAGUACAAGAAUGGCAACACACUGCGAGAGUAUCAGCUGGAGGGAGUCAACUGGCUGCUCUUCAACUGGUACAACAGGCAGAACUGCAUCCUGGCAGAUGAAAUGGGUCUCGGGAAGACGAUCCAGUCCAUCGCGCUGCUGUCGGAGGUCUAUGCUGCUGGCAUCCAGGGCCCCUUCUUGGUCAUCGCGCCACUUUCCACCAUCACCAACUGGGAGAGGGAGUUCUCCACGUGGACCCAUAUGAACGCCAUCGUCUACCACGGCAGCCUCGCCAGCCGGCAGAUGAUCCAGCAGUAUGAGAUGUACUGCAAAGAUGACAAGGAGCAUUUGAUCCCCGGUGCGUACAAAUUUGACGCCCUCAUCACCACCUUCGAGAUGGUGUUGUCCGACUGCCCGGAGCUCCGGGAGAUCUCCUGGCGUUGCGUGAUCAUUGAUGAGGCUCACCGCCUCAAAAAUCGCAACUGUAAGCUGUUGGACAGCUUGAAGAUGCUCGAUCUGGAGCACAAGGUGUUGUUGACCGGCACUCCCCUUCAAAACACUGUGGAAGAACUUUUCAGCCUGCUUCAUUUCCUGGAGCCCGCUCAGUUCCCCUCGGAAACCGAGUUCCUCCGAGACUUCGGAGACCUGAAGACAGAGGAACAGGUUCAGAAGCUGCAGGCUAUCCUGAAACCCAUGAUGUUACGAAGGCUCAAGGAGGAUGUAGAGAAGAACCUGGCACCCAAACAGGAAACCAUCAUCGAGGUUGAGUUGACAGAUGUCCAGAAGAAGUAUUACCGAGCCAUCCUGGAGAGGAACUUCAGCUUCCUGAGUUUAGGGGCAAACAGUAACAGUAACGUCCCCAAUCUGCUCAACACUAUGAUGGAGCUCCGCAAGUGCUGCAACCACCCCUACCUCAUUAAUGGUGCAGAGGAGAAGAUCGUAGCAGAGUUACGAGAGGUGUAUGACCCCAUGGCCCCCGACUUCCAUCUGCAGGCUCUUAUCCGGUCGGCCGGCAAGCUGGUGCUACUGGACAAGCUGCUGCCUCGCCUGAAGGCCGGCGGCCACAAAGUGCUGAUCUUCUCCCAGAUGGUGCGCUGCUUAGACAUUCUGGAGGACUACCUCAUCAACAAGAGAUACCUUUACGAGCGAAUUGAUGGCAGAGUUCGUGGGAAUUUGCGGCAGGCCGCCAUCGAUCGUUUCAGCAAGCCGGACUCGGAUCGCUUCGUCUUCCUGCUGUGUACUCGCGCUGGCGGCUUGGGCAUCAACCUCACUGCUGCCGACACCUGCGUUAUUUUCGACUCCGACUGGAACCCUCAGAAUGACCUGCAGGCCCAAGCAAGGUGUCAUCGUAUUGGCCAGUCCAAGGCGGUCAAAGUGUAUCGUCUCAUCACCAGGAAUUCCUAUGAGCGGGAGAUGCUGGACAAAGCCAGUCUGAAGCUGGGCUUGGAUCGAGCAGUGCUGCAAAGCAUGAGUGGCAACAAAGACAGCAACGUCAACGGGAUCCAGCAGUUCUCCAAAAAGGAGAUCGAGGAUCUCCUGCGCAAGGGAGCCUACGCUGCCAUCAUGGACGAGAACGACGAGGGCAGCAGGUUUUGCGAGGAGGAUAUCGACCAGAUCCUUCAGCGAAGAGCCACGACCAUCACCAUUGAGAGCGAGGGCAAAGGUUCCACCUUCUCCAAAGCCAGCUUUGUGGCCUCGGAGAAUCGCAACGACAUCGCCCUCGACGACCCCGAGUUCUGGCAGAAGUGGGCCAAGAAGGCAGACAUCGAUAUGGAUUCCAUCAACCGAAAAAACACUCUCGUGAUUGACACUCCCAGAGUUCGCAAGCAGACCCGUCAGUUUUCCACUCUGCGUGGCGAAGGUGGAGACAUCUCUGAUUUGGACAGCGACGACGAAUACCCGCCAACCAACUCCCGGCACUCGCGCUCCUCACGCCGCGCCGACCGCCACAGCGGGGGAGGCUAUGGCCGCACUGACUGUUUCCGGGUGGAGAAACACCUGCUUGUUUAUGGUUGGGGCCGCUGGAGAGACAUUCUGUCCCACGCCAGGUGCAAGCGGCGCCUGAGCGAGCGCGACGUGGAGACGAUCUGCCGCGUCAUCCUCGUCUUCUGUCUGAUCCACUACCGCGGAGACGAGAACAUCAAGAGCUUCAUUUGGGAGCUGAUCACACCACCUGAGAACGGCAGAGAGCCCCAAACACUACUCAACCACUCUGGCUUGUCUAUUCCUGUUCCGAGAGGCAGGAAGGGGAAGAGAGUGAAAGCCCAGAGCACGUUUGACAUUCAGAAGGUUGAGUGGAUUCGCAAGUACAACCCCGACACCCUGCUCCUGGAUGACAGCUACCGCAAGCACCUCAAGCACCAGUGCAACAAGGUGUUGCUGCGGGUGCGGAUGCUCUACUACCUGAAACAGGAGGUGAUCGGCGAACACGCCGAGUCUGUCCUGAAAGGUGCACAUAUCAGGGAUGUUAACAUCUGGAUGCCUGAGAUGGAGCAGCAGGAGGUUCCUGCGGGCUGGUGGGACUCGGAGGCUGACCGGUCGCUGCUCGCUGGUGUUUUUAAACAUGGUUAUGAAAUGUACACCACCAUGCGUGCCGAUCCCUGCCUCUGCUUCCUGGAAAGAGCUGGUCGUCCGGAUGACAAGGCCAUCGAUGCCGAGCAGCAGACCGGCGACGCUGAGCUGGGAGAUGAGACUGAGUAUGAUAAGUACGCCGAGGAUCCGGAGUUCAAGCCUGCGUCGAGGCACACCAAAGAUCUCUUUGAGGAGCAGCCGGAUUCUAUGAACAUGGAAGAGGAGAUUUCCGUGGAAGACAAAGCAGGACCCGUGGUCACGGAGAGCGUCGCCAGCCAGAGCAGUUCCAGCAGCUGGCCCUCCAGCUCGUCCCUCACCGCCAGGAUGCGCCGGCUGAUCACCGCGUUCCAACGCAGCUACAGACAGGAGCAGCUGAAGAUCGAAGCCGAGGCCAAGGGCGAUCGCAGGCGCAGACGGUGCGAACAGGCCAGCAAGCUGAAAGAAAUCGCACGACAGGAACGUCAGCAAAGGUGGACAAGACGAGAAGAAUGCGACUUCUACCGUGUGGUCUCCACGUUUGGGGUGGAGAAAAUCAAGAAGGAGCCCGGUGUCCCGGAAGGAGAGCCGGAGUUUGACUGGACCCGUUUCCGUACUUUUGCCCGUCUGGACAAAAAGACCGACGAGAGCCUGAGCCGAUACUUCCGCUCCUUUGUCGCCAUGUGCCGGAGAGUGUGCCACCUCCGCCCGGGUCGCACUGAAGAUCCAGCAGAGCUCACCCAGACUGUGGCGCCCAUCACAGAGGAGCGAGCCUCUCGGACCCUUUACCGCAUCAGCCUCCUGCGCCGCCUCCGCGAGCGCGUCCUCCCCCACCCCUCGCUGGAGGAGCGCCUGCCGCUCGCCCCGUCCAGCUCCGAGCUGCCAGCCUGGUGGAACAUCCCGGACCACGAUCGCCAGCUGAUGCUGGGCGCCUCGCUGCACGGCGUCAGCCGCACGGAGCUGUCCAUCUUCGCCGACCCGCAGUUCACGUUCAGUCAGGCUCGGGACGAGUUCAUCCAGAACCAGCAGGCUCCUCCCCCUCCGCCGCCGCCCCCGCCGCCGCCUCCUCCGCCGCCUCAGCCCCAACCGGCACACCUCAUGAUGCUCAGCCAGCUGAAGCCCGAGGACGACAUCCUGGAGGAGAAGCCGGAGGGAGUCGACGAGACCGCCCACUUGCUGGGACCGGAAAUCGACGCCGACUUGCAGGUCACCCCGCUGAGCCACCACGACGGCAAGAUGCACGGUCAGGACUGGAACUUCAAAAGAAACCGGGUGAGGGGAGAGAGGAGGAAGGGCGAAGGAGCGUCGGAUUCGGAUUCCGACUCGGAUUCAGGGUCGUCGUCCUCGGAGCGAUCGGGCAGCAGCGACGACAGCGGAGAGAGCGAGGAGGAAGGAGAGGGAGCGGGCAUGAAGGUGUGCGACGUGGACGAAGACAGCAGUUUACUCUCCAUGCCUGCUUCUCAGGACGGCCUUCCUCCUCCGGACCCUCUCAGGGUCGACUGGCCCAAGGACCGCAUAUUGAUCAACCGGCUGGACAAUCUGUGUACGCUGGUGGUGACGGGGCAGUGGCCGUCUGGCCGCCGCUACGUGCCGGAGACUCACCUCCACCCGAGCGCCGAGCUGACGGGAGAUGAUAUGGCGUACAUGAGGGUGGUGCGUAAACCCGCCGGUAUCCCUGCCGGCCUCGCUGCUGACGGAGAGGAUGGAGAGUUCACUGUGAAACUCCUCAAGGAGGAGGGUCUGAAGCUGACGUUCUCCAAGCAGGCGCUGAUGCCCAAUGGAUCCAGUGGAGAGAGCAGCAGCCGCAAGAAGCGCAAAGACCAAGAGUUCUCAGAUUUCGAUGGCUUUCAGGAUCCAUUUGAGCGAACUCCUCGACGCAGGGACCCUCCCACGUGGCUGAAAGAGAAUCCAGAUUAUGAGGUAGAAGGGGAUAUGCUGGAGCUCCUGGUGAACAGAAGCAAGAGAAAGCGGAGGAGGAGGGCAGAUAAAGUCCCCACAGGCAGCGAGAAGGUCAAACUUAUUAAUAUGAGGACAGGAAAGAAGGUCGGAGCUGCUUUCUGCCCGAUGCUGCAAGACCUCAGAGAAUAUCUCGAGGAGAAUCCUGACAACGCUGUAGCACCAGAAUGGUCCGAAACAGUUCGAAACUCCGGUUUUCUGCCGGAGACCCUCUUCCACCGGCUGCUCACCGAACACUCGGAGAUCCCCAAGAAGAGCCGCCGACGCCACCACCACCACCAUCACCACCACCACCACCACCACCACCACACUCCAGAGCCCACCCCGGAGGAGCCCACCCUGGACGGAGUGGAGGAGGAGACCCUGGUGUCGGACGGAGCCUACAUGAUGGACGAGGAGGACAUCGAGACCUCCCACCACUUCCUCACCAGUCCGAACUUUGACGUGAAGAUGGAGGGCGGCGACAGCCUCUCCCAGGGGGACUAUGACAGCUCGGAUCAAGAGGCGCUGUUGGACGAUGUGAUCAUAGCACAGAAGGACUCCGACUCCUCGUCCAGCUCAGAGGAUUGACUGAUCCUGCCUGAACACACCUGACCCGCCUCCUGUUUGUCAAGAUGAAACCAUGUUAUUCCUCGUUUUAUUUUUACUAAUAUGUAUCAAAGAUAUGGAGAAUGUUUUGUUGCAACUUUUAUUCUUUUUAUUUUAUAGGAUUUUUCUUGUGUAAGGAGCAGGUUUGCACCCCUGUUUAUUUUUAUUUUUUUUUUGUUUUGUUUUUUGUUUUCAACAUCACAAGUGUGUUCAAAGUCUCUCCUGGAGCUUCCUGACUAACCUCUGACAAAAAGCUGAGCUUUUCUUAAAUCAUCGACUAGUCUCGUCCUCCGAACCUGCAGAUUUCCCAUCACAUUCCCAGCAGUGACCAAAAGGGGGACCCUCGCUGUACAGAUAACAUUUUCUUAUCCAGGAACCUCAACGCUGGUCCUCUGGCAACAUGAAACUGGACAUGUGUUCUUCGCAGAGCCAGAUCCCACAAUCCCCCCCACCACCCCGACUUUGGUUUGGUCAAAAUCUCGUGUCCAGACAACUCCGUGAAUUAUGAGGGGAUCCGGUGUGUGGACGUACUGUUAGUGUUUUCACUCUGUGGGAGGGGAGGGGUGGGGUAGACAGACGGGGAGGGAGAGGGACAGUGGUGUAUUAGUUACUGAAGCAUUGCUAGGAGGAUGGCUGUAAUGUACAAUGUAGAGCUGGUCAGUGGUGUACUAUGGUGCAAAGAAGACGGCAAUGAAUUACUAUUCUUGUUUCAUGACCUGACUGUAUCUGUGAUAUGAAUAACAGCAAACUACAGUGGAAACAAUCUUGUGUGUAUUAGUGUUUUUCACCAAGCAGAAGCAAUAAUGAGGUUUUCUGUUUGUAUA